GGCUGUCUGUGUGACAGAGCAGUGGUCGCCGCUGAUUGGCUGUCGGUGAAGCACAUGGUGCGGUGAUCUGUGGAGGCUGCUGUGUGUGUAUGGGGGUGUUAGGCCUGCUGUGGAGGCGCCUGUCCCGGCUUCCCGUCAUGGCUGAGCCCGGUGCUCGGGCCUACAGCAUGAAGAAGAACAAGGCACCUAAGGAGCCUCUGCGGCACAUAAAGAACCGGGCGCGGCAGGAGGAGCGGCAUAGCCCGGCCGUGGUCUAUGUGCAAGUGGUGGCGGCCGGGAGCAGAGAUGUCGGGGCCUCCGUCUAUCUGUUCUCCGACCACAACAGGUAUCUGUUUAAUUGUGGUGAGGGGGCGCAGAGACUGAUGCACGAGAACAAGGUGAAGUUAUCGCGGCUCGAUAACGUGUUCAUCACCAGGAUGGACUGGGCGAAUGUUGGAGGAUUGUCAGGUGUAUUACUGACCCUGAGGGAUGUGGGCCUCCCUAAUUGUUUGGUUUCCGGACCCCCACAGCUGACAAAAUUCCUUCAAGCUAUUAAAACGUACUGCGGUCCAAUGGAGGGAAUGACAGUAGAUGUGCGUCCUUACACCGAUCCCCUCUACAGCGAUGAGACCAUGUGCGUCACACAAGUGCCCGUCUUCAGCAGUAAUAUAAACCGUGAGAGCCCCCCGAAGUCUCCAUCUCCGAAACCUGAAACCAUUGAGUGUGAGUCAGAACCAAAACGACGACGAGUGUCACCAGAUCUCAGGACAAGAUCCUCAAACAGAUCCCCUCCCUGUGUGAUCGCCUAUGUCUGCAAGCUUCAUGAUAGAAAAGGACACUUCUUGGUUCUGAAAGCAAAGGAAAUUGGUCUUCCCGUAGGGACACGAGAGAUUGGACCCAUCAUAACAGAUCUGAAGGCUGGAAAGAGUGUCACGUAUGAGGGCAGAGAGGUCUCCCCUGCUGAUGUCCUGAGCCCUGAUAUUCCUGGUCCAACCUUUAUUGUGGUGGAAUGUCCGAGUGAAGACUUCAUAACUCCGGUCACUGAGAAUGCAGCGUGGAAGAGCUAUCAGGAAGAUAAAGCAGAGACUGCGGCGGCUUUAGUAAUACAUAUGACCCCCGAACAUAUUCUCAACAACAGGACCUACCGGCAGUGGAUGGAAAGGUUUGGUCCUGGCACAGAGCACCUUCUCCUGAAUGAGGACACCUCCACCGUACACAACGUGAGCAGCUACAAGAUCCAGAGUCAGCUGCACCUGAUCCAUCCAGAGAUAUUUCCUCAGCUUCCAGACAUCCACCCAAAGAAUGAAGCAUCUGACGUGCCCGGGGUGAGGGCUGAAUCUCUUCUCAGAUACCAUCUAAGACCCAAAGUGGAGUGGCAUAGGGAUCAAGUGGCACAGAACCAAACUUCAGAAUUUGUAAAGGAGGCCAUGGAUCUGCCCGACUUCGGGAUGGCACUGGAGGAAUGUCGGCGUCUCCUGCAAUCAGAUGGUGCAUCGACAAAAGAGGGCGCCAGGCAGUAUCCUGAGGUUGUGUUUUUAGGAACGGGCUCUGCUAUUCCCAUGAAGACUCGUAACGUCAGCGGUACCCUGGUGCACGUCAGCCCCUCAGCUCUGAUGCUCCUGGACUGUGGAGAAGGGACGUUUGGCCAGCUGCACCGACACUACGGAGACGCCGUGGACGAUGUAUUGAGCCGUCUGUCUGCUGUGUUCAUAUCCCAUAUUCACGCCGACCACCACACUGGUCUCCUCCGCGUGGUGCUAGAAAGAGAGCGAGCGCUGGCGUCUCUUGGGAAGCCGUUCAGCCCAGUGCUAGUUAUUGGACCCACCACCCUGAUGACCUGGUUGAAUCAAUACAACGACCACUGCCAGCAGAUUCUCCAUAACAUCUGCUUUAUUCCAUCAAGGAGUUUGACCGAAACCUCAGAAGUGGAUUGCCCCAAGACACUAGGCUUGAUCUCGUCCCUUCUAAAGAUGUUCCAGCUAGAAAAAUUUCAGACCUGCUUUGUCCGUCACUGUAAGAAUGCUUUCGGCUGUGCGAUCGUUCAUCAGUCUGGCUGGAAGUUGGUGUUUUCUGGGGACACCAUGCCCUGCGAUGCCCUCAUCAAGAUGGGAAAGGACGCCAGUCUGGUGAUCCACGAGGCCACACUGGAGGAUGGGCUGGAGCAGGAUGCCAUUGAGAAGGCGCACAGCACAACCUCCCAGGCCAUAGCCGUAGCGAUGAACAUGAACGCGGAGUUUAUGAUGCUGAAUCACUUCAGUCAGCGCUACGCCAAGCUGCCUCUCAUGAGCGACGCCUUCAGCAGCAAGGUUGGAAUCUCCUUCGAUCACAUGAGGAUCCGACUGAGUGACUUGCAAACCCUCCCCAAACUAAUGGGCCCCCUCAAGGCUCUGUUUGCAGAAAACCUGGAAGAACUGGAGGAACGGAAGCAAAAGAGGGAACUGCGACUACUGGAGGAAACAGAAUCUGCACCGAGCGACUCAAAAACUGCUGCGUCGAGUGUCAAGCGAGAGCUGGACGACACCAACAUGGCCGCCGACGUCAAGAGGUUAAAGGCCAACUGAGCGCGCAAUGCUUAGUGGUGGAGCGAGCGGUUAAAGCAGAGGAAGCGUCUCGGGCCAUAAGAUCCCAGAGCUGAGGGGUCAAUAUCCAUCUCAUAUGUACGGAAAUCAUAAAGCUUUUGGGGUUUUUCUACCUUUGCAGGCAGGUAGGUGGCGCCGGAGGUCCAGAAGACCUAAGAUGCCAGCAGAACCAUUUAGAACCAACUGCAAGUGUAUGAUACCUGAUCGCUGGCUCUGACGGUCGGCAUAUACAAGGCCUUAAAGGGGUACUCCACUGCCCAGCAUAUGCUGGGUGCGGGCUGUGGGGGUCACGGCCACGCCCCUUGUAAUGCCACGCCCCCUCAUAGACUUGUAUUGAGGGGGCGUGGCGUCACUAUCCCCGCACCUAGCGUUUGGAACAAAAUGUUCUCAACGCUGGGGCAGUGGAGUACCCCUUUAAAGGAACAGUGCCAAGAGGUAUUUAUUCUAGGAUGAAUUCUAAGAGUUUAUUUUCAUAGUGUUAACCUCCAGAAAUUCUUAUUUUUUUAAAUGUGUGAACGCUUAAGAAAUCUUAAGGGGGAACUCUGGCAAAAAAAAUUAAAUGUUUUCAAAUUGGCUGGUGCCAGAACGUUCUACAGAUUUGUAGAUUAUUUCUAUUUAAAACUCUUAAUCCUUCCAGUACUUUUCAGCUGCUGUAUGCUCCACAGGACGUUGUGUAGAUCUUUCCAGUCUGACCACAUUGCUCUGUGCUGACACCUCUGUCCGUGUCGGGGACUGUCCCAAGCAGGAUAGGUUUGCUAUGGCAAUUAGCACAGUUCCUGACAUGGACAGAGGUGUCAGCGGAGAGCAAUGUGGUCAGACUGGAGCGAUCUACACAACAUCCUGUGGAGCAUACAGCAGCUGAUAAGUACUGGAAGGAUUUAGAUUUUUAUAUAAAAAUCCUGUAUAACUUUCUGGCACCAGUUGAUUCCAAAACAGUUUGCGCCACCAGAGUACUCCUUUAAACUCCUCCCUCACCCCAUCCCCUGAAGUAAGCAGACACAUGGAGGCUUCUGUAUAAUUUUUGGCCCUUGCCAAUCAUUGGAGGUCUGGUGAAUUUUGCUACUUUUUUUUUUGUCCAUUUUCAAUCCAGCAAAAAUAAAGCUUCUUUGCAGACAGUCUACCGUCGUGUUCUGUAUGCAUCUCCUAUGCAGACCCAUGUGUCUCUAUGGUUCCAGGUACAAACCGAAACCCUUUGCAGUCUGAUCCCUUUUCCUAAAAAAAAAAAAAAACAAAUUGAAAUAAUCAAAGGAGUGCAGUAGAGAUGAGCGAAGUUACAGUAAAUUCGAUUCGUCACGAACUUGUCGGCUCGGCGGUUGAUGACUCUUCCUGCAUAAAUUAGUUCAGCUUUCAGGUCCUCUGGUGGCUUGAGACUCUUCCUAGGACUGUAUCCACCUUUUCCAGCCCACCGGAGCACCGGAAAGCUGAACUAAUUUAUGCAGGAAAAGUCAUCAACUGCCGAGCCAAGAAGUUCGUGACGAAUCGAAUUUACUGUAAGUUCGCUCAUCUCUAGAGUGCAGCUCACAAUUUAUCCUGUCCGAGGCUAUAGUGGGUGUUCACAUAUACCUGAGGUGUCCAAAAAACUACUAACAAUAAUAUAUAACAGUCCCCCCCAAACAUCUAGGACAGUUCCAGUUGUCACUGGUACAUUAAAAAUAAUUGGGAAAGACCGCGCUUCUAUUACAUGAUUGAUCGUCCUUGUGGGAGGAUAUACAGUAUCUAACAGUAUAAAAUAAGGAUAGACACUACUGUACACAUAUAGAUAGCAUGGUUUGCAUAGUUAUAGCAUCCGGCAUUUGGUAAUCCGGAAAUCCAAAAAUCAGAUUACCAAAUGCCGGAUGCUAUAACUAUCCAAGCCAUGCUAUGUAUAUCGAUAAUGCACUCACCGCGGGUCACGAUGAGAGGAUUCAAGCUUUAUUCCAACAGACUGCAAUGGCUUCAGUGUACAGGACAGGUACACAGGGAGCUCGGAAGGAACAGGUGAGGCAGG